AAUUAUUUUUUCCAUUUAUAUUAGCUUCCUAAUCAUUUACCACAUAAUUUCGUCUUGAAGUUUAAGUUUUUUUGGUCGUUACGCACGUUAUAUUAAAGAGAGCAAUAUGUUUCGAUCUGUACUUAGAUUGGCUCAAGUUUCAACAAGAUUUAAUCAAAUAGUUUCCGCCAAAGUUGUGCCAAAACAAGCAGUUUCAUUCACUCCACUAUCUGUGAAGAAAUACAGCUCUUCAGCCGUUGCAGUUACAGAUGAAGAACACACAGCAGCAUGGAUAUCUUUCUUUGAAAGAAAGGAUCUUGAUUAUGUCAUUUUCAAAAUUGGUUUCAUGAAUUUGUACCAAGAAGAUUCUGUACCAGAACCAGCCAUCGUACAAGCUGCACUUUAUGCUUGCAGAAGAAUAAACAACCUACCACUGGCUAUGAGAGUCUUGGAAAUGGUUAAGAACAAAUGUGACGACAGACAAGACAUCUAUGAUUACAUCGUCCAAGAACUCCGGCCUUCCCUUGAUGACCUUGGUCUUAAAACAGUUGAAGAAUAUGGUCUUGACCAAGUUCUGGAUUAAAUCUUUAUAUUAAGUUAAUUAUGGCAGUUCAUAUCUGCACCUGGAUUGAAUAUCACUUGUUCCAAUAUUUUAGAAAUAAAACCUGGUAUUGUUUGAAUGUA